AUGACCACGACGCCGCAGAUUGCCGUGAAACCCGGCUGUUUUUCCAACGUUCUGGAGAUGGUCGGGAACACCCCGAUGAUCGAGCUUUCGCAGCUGGACACGGGGCCCUGCCGGCUUUUCGCGAAGUGCGAGUUCAUGAACCCGGCGGGUUCGAUCAAGGAUCGGAUCGCGAUGAGCAUGAUCUCCGCGGCGGAGGCGGACGGGCGGCUGGACCCGAACGGCGACCCGAAGCCGACGAUCAUCGAGGCGACGGCGGGGAACACGGGUCUCGGGCUCGCGCUGGUGGCGGGGCAGCGGGGGUACAAGCUGAAGGUGGUGGUGCCGGACAAGAUGAGCCAGGAGAAGAUCCAGCACCUCGCGGCGAUGGGGGCGGAGGUUGUUCUGGCGCGUUCGGACGUGACGAAGGGUCACCCGGAGUACUACCAGGACGUGGCGGCGCGGAUCGCGAGCCAGACGCCGAACUCGCUGUACAUCAACCAGUUCUCGAACCCGGACAACAUCCGGGCGCACUACGAGACGACGGCGCCGGAGAUCUGGACGCAGCUGGACGGGAAGGUGGACGCGAUCGUGGUGGGCGUUGGCUCGGGCGGGACGCUGUCGGGGAUGGGGAAGUUCUUCCGCGAGCAGAAUCCUGGUGUGAAGAUCGUGCUGGCGGACCCGGCGGAGUCGAUCCUGAACCCGCUCGUGAACGAGGGGAAGAAAGUGGAGGCGGGGAGCUGGCUGAUCGAGGGGAUGGGCGAGGACUUCGUGCCGGACAUCUGCGAGAUCGAUCUGUGCGACGAGGCGGUCGCGGUGACGGACGCGGAGGCGUUCAUGGGGGCGCGGGAGUUGCUCGCGAAGGAGGGGCUGCUGUGCGGGUCGAGCACGGGGUGCCUGGUGUGGGCGGCGUGCGAAUGGUGCCGCAAGCAGACGGAGCCGAUGAACGUGGUGACGCUGCUGUGCGACAGCGGGGCGAAGUAUCUGAGCAAGAUGUUCAACGACUUCUGGAUGAUCGACAACGGGUUCAUCGAGCGUGAUCGCACGAACGACCUGCGGGACCUGAUCGCGCGGCGGCACGCGUCGGGCGAGGACUACACGAUCGGGCCGGACGAGCCGAUCCAGCAGGCGAUCAAGCGGCUGCAGAUGUACUCGAUCUCGCAGAUGGUGGUGAUGGAGAAGGGGAAGGUCGUCGGGAUCAUCGACGAGUCGGACAUCCUGCUCGCGGUGACGCGGGACCGGACGAACUUCGACAAGCCGGUGAGCGAGUUCAUGACGCGCCGGCUGGAGACGGUGGCCGCGACGAGCAAGGUGGAGGACCUGAUGCCCAUUUUUCGUGCGGACCGUGUGGCGAUCGUGGUGGACGAAUCGGGCGGGUACGAGGGGCUGAUCACGCGGAUCGACAUGAUCAACUACCUGAAGCGCCAGCUCGUCUGA